AUGGCCAAGUCUCGUGAAGAGCUCAACCAGCUCGCUCGCCAGCUCAAAUCCCUGCAUAUCCCCGGCCAGCCUCUGAUCCUGACAAACGUCUACGAUGCCUGUACUGCCUCAGUGGUAGCCAUCCUCCCUUCGACCAAGGCCGUGGCAACCGCUUCAUUUGCAAUUGCGUCCGCUGCUGGCAUCGAGGACGAAGACACCAUGUCUCUCAGCGACAAUCUAGCUGGAGUGCGCAGGGUGGCUACGGGGCUACGCAAUGCUGGCAAGGCCGAUACACUGCCCCUGACGGCCGACUUACAAGACGGCUACGCUGACCCGGCAGAGGCCGUCAGACAGGCUAUCGAGAUCGGUGUUGUGGGCUGCAACAUCGAGGAUGUUGACAACAGCUCCCAUCCACCAAAACUGAGAACCCUUGCUGAAGCAAAGAGCCGAAUCGAGGCCGCCGUCCGAGCAGCCAGGCAGGCAGGGGUUCCUGAUUUCGUGGUCAACGCGCGCACGGAUGUUCUGGGGUUCGACGGCACGAUCGACGACGUGGUAGAGCGCGGGCGCGCAUAUCUGGACGCAGGUGCUACCACCGUCUUUGUUUGGGGCGUGAGGAAGAAAGUCAUCACGGAACACGAGGUGAGAGACAUGGCCACCAGACUGGACGGAAAGUUGGCCGUGCUUGCACAGGGCUGUACGAUCGAAACCCUCACGCAGGCUGGCGUUAGUCGCAUCUCCGUGGGCCCAACGCUGUUGUUGAAGGCGCUCAAGUUCAUUCAGAAUGAAGCUACAGCUAUUCUGGAGGCGAAACAGUGGUCGAUGGGAUAA